AUGGACCUCCGGCUCUACAACAACAACCUCGCCGAUGCCAUCCCCCACCAGCUCAGCAGGCUCCCCAGGGUCAAGCAUUUCGACCUGGGCUCCAAUUUCCUCACCGGCCCGGACUACAGCAGGUUCUCGCCGAUGCCCACCGUCAACUUCAUGUCGCUCUACCUCAACUACCUCAUCGACAGCUUCCCGGAAUUCGUGCUCAAGAGCGGCAACGUCACCUACCUCGACCUGUCGGAGAACAAUUUCUCAAGGCCAUUACCGGACACGCUGCUGAAGAAGCUCCCCAGCCUCAUGUACCUCAACUUGUCCGCCAAUGCAUUCUCCGGUCGGAUACCAGUGUCGCUGUCGAUGCUGAGGAAGCUCCGGGACCUGCAGAUUGCGGCCAACAAUCUGACUAGAGGCAUCCCAGAUUUCCUUGGGUCGAUGUCCCAGCUAAGAGUUCUUGUACUCGGCGGCAACCUGUUUGGCGGUCCGAUCCCGCCGGUUCUUGGCAGGCUCCAAAUGCUACAUCGCCUUGACCUGAGGAGUGCCAUGUUGGUUUCCACAAUUCCACCGCAGCUGGGCAACCUUGGUAAUCUCAGUUUUGCGGACCUGUCCACGAACCAGCUCACCGGUGUACUACCACCAGAGUUGGCCGGGAUGCACAAAAUGCAGAAGUUUGGCAUAUCGUCGAACAAACUCGCUGGUCAGAUCCCACCCGCUCUGUUCACGAGCUGGCCAGACCUCAUAGGGUUCCAAGCGCAGAGUAACUCGUUCACUGGGAAUAUUUCGAUGGAAAUCGGCAAGGCAACCAAACUACAAGUCUUGCAUCUCUUCAGCAACAACCUUACCGGCUUUAUCUGGUAG